UGCGACAUGUGCCAUUUCUCCACCCCAGUAUUUACAAAGCUCCUAAAGCACCGGGUAAAACAUAAGGACUGUUUGCUCAUCUGUGAGAUCUGUGAUGACAACGUCCAGCAAACGCUGCCCCAACUAACCAAGCAUUGUCAAACUCACCAUACUCUAAAUGGUCAAUACCACUGUCACAAAUGCAACUUCUCUAUUGAAGAAAUUAAGCAGUUUGUGUGCCACUCUUGUCCGCUCAACACGGUGCCAAUCAAAGACAUUCGUGAAGAAAGCAUUAAUAAUAGUAAGUUUAAAAACAGUCUGUUAAAUGACGCCUCUGGUGUCACUCAGAAAGACGAACUCCUUAAACACAUGGCUGCCGCAUGUCGCCAAAGAUGGAGCAGAAGGAACUGGUGGAGAAAGCGAGAACCUGCGUCCAAACCAGACAAUAAUCUUUCCCAAGACUUCAAGUUCCUACUACCAAAGCAAGAACCCCAUUGGACAUCCCCAGUGUUUUCUGCACCAGGUCUCCUGGACGAUCACAGAGUCUUGUUGGAUCCAGAGAAGACCUUGGAGGAAACGCAGCAGUUCCUUGAAAGGACUGUUAGCGGUGUUCAAAAGUGGCCGAAAUCUCUCAAAAGCGAGCAAAAUCAGACUACACCUUCUCCAGCACAAUCUAAGUCAAAGCGAUGUAGCACACCCCACCCAGGUCUGCGUCAUGCUGGGAAAGAUAAGCUCACAGGACUCAUGGAGAAGAACAAUAUAUCUGUUCCCCCAGAUUGCACUACAAAGGUGGUUGGGCUCAAGAUGGUAGAUGGCAAGAAGCAUUUAGUUCUCAAAGUCAUUCCCACAACCAAGCGAGAAGUUUUGUCCCCAAGGGAAUCGAAUGAUGCUGAAUCGCAAUCUCAAACUGAGAAACCAAGUGAUCAAACAUUGGCCGCACAAGAUGGUUCAAAUAAUGUUUCAACCAGUAAUGACUCAGGAAACUUGACAUCUAGAAGGUUUUCAUACCAAGCGGAGAAGCUGGGACAUGGCGUAGAUCAGCGAGACUUCCUGACUUCGAUAGUCAAGAGGAGGAGAAGCCAACAAGGAGAUGGCCACCAUGACCAGGAACAUUCUGAUCGCAAUACACCCAUGAACGUCUCAGGAGAUGAGGAUAAUCUCAAUCCAUCAAGUCAUCAAUGCGCUAAAGAGCUGCCAUCAUGCAGUGACAUCUCAUCUGGCUUUAAUAGUGAUUCUGAGAGACACAAAGAGACCAAGAACAUGUCUAAGGAAGAGGGACCCUUCACAGAGACGGAUAUUCAGAGUUCCAAUGCAAAGAAAGUCAGUAAGGACUGUCGAACAAAAGCCGUCAGUGAGUCGGAGGAAAACUGUAGCAGUGAUUUAGCCUUGUGUCUUUCGACAGAUGGUAAUUAUUUGGAAGAGUGCCAGAGUUCACAACCUGUUACUCUGGAGUCGAAGAAUGAAUCUACCACAACAUUAAGUUCUAACCUCAGUGAUCAAGGUGUAGAGAAAGUUGCAUCCGAAAUUCAACAGCCGCCAAACCCAGAUACAUUCCUCGAGAGUUGCUCAAUCUCAGAGUUUGAUUGCGUUUGUCCAGUUGCUGAAUCUCCUCUGAAAGAUCUGACUGAGACUUUGUGUGGUUUUCAAAGUGAAGAUGGGGACGUGUUGUUCCACAGCAGUGGUGACGAGUGCAAAAACAACAUGGACCCCAGAGACCCUCUGCUCCCGGUGGGUCAGUACAACUGUGAGAUGAGGGAACGCCAGUGCACUUCAGACCUGUAUCAGAUGGUGGAUGAGCUGCCGAUAACAACCAUCAGCCAUUUACUGGAUGGUGUGAGAGCUCAUCAGACAUUACGUUUGGAUAACAGCACUGAUAGCCUGACAUCUGAAGAGAAAGGUUCAAUAUGUACUGAAGCGACAAACCAGCAAUCUGAGCCAGUCAACACAGACGUCACUUCCAAUACUGUUCCAUCAUCCACAGAAUCCAGCGAAUCUAGCAUCAAAGAUUCAAGCAUUCCUAUCACAUCCCAGAAUGAACCAGCGUUGAACCGGAAGCGCAUGGGAGAAAUAUCCUUAAACGACUCCUCAGGACCUGACUCUAAAUUCCAGAAGCGAUCGACAGUGUCUCUCCGUCACUGGGAACCGGAGCCUCGAGACAUUCCAAGGACUCUUCGACUGAUUCCCCAAUGUUCAACACAAUCCGUUAAAAUCCCGCUCGAUAACCAGCCCGUUAUAGUUCUCAACCAUCCCGAUAGUGAUAUUCCAGAGGUGACGAACAUCAUGAGGGUUGUUCACAAACACAGUGGUGCCGUAGAGCGGGUCGUACUGUCUCGGAAAACUAUCAACGCGCUAUCGGAGCUCAACUGUGACGACUUCCGGAAUAACACCAUGGCUGAUUGUCACGCAUCCCAUUGCAGGAGGGAAUGGCCUAACGGGACUGUUAAGGAAAAGUUUAGCUUGAAAUUGAAGUUUAAGAGGGUUUGUGGAAGGAAGUAUACCGUGGUACCGACCGUGUCUGAAAACGCCGUACAGCAGCCUACGUUUAGAUGCUGGUUUUGUGGGCGGAUUUUCAGAAAUCAAGAGGCCUGGGUCGGUCACGGACAGAGACAUUUAAUGGAGGCGACCAGAGGCUGGAACAAACUCUUCAACAGAUGAGAGAAACGUCAUGGUUGGUUUAUAUUGCAUCCAGGAUGGAACACUUUUAAAGGGAUGGUUUAACUAAAACUGUUGUUCUAAACCCAAUUGACCUCAAAAUUCCACAUUGCAUUCCACAGAGACAAUUAACAGCAAGUUGUUUGGAACAAUGGGGAUGAGUAAAUGAUGACCGAAUUUCCAUCUUUGGUUAAACUGUUCCUUCAAGGAGUGCUGUGAAUGUUUUUACAGUCUCUAGCAUCAGGGUUGUUGUGCAAAUCUCAGGGUGAGAAAAUACAGUUCCUCAUUUCCUCCAAACUUGAGGGUAUUUGUCUUUCAAUUAAACUUGUCAAGGAAAUGUCCUGGUCAUAUUUAACCCCAAAUUAAUAAGAAAUUAAGAGAUUAGCCUACAUUUGGGACCAUUACGAUUUUUUGCAUUGUGACAUUAUUUUAAGAACAUUUCAGCACAUUUUAACCCCCAAUUCACAUUACCGCAACACGUCCGGAUGUUUUACUUUUAGCAUUCCUGUUGUUUUUAAUGAUGAGUCUCAUUACCGUAACAGUCAUUUUUUGGACUCUACAGUAAAAAAAAAAGCUGUUGUGCUUGUUGGUCUUUUAAUUAAAAUCAGCAAACAUUAAAGGCUACUUUGAUAUAGCACUUUACAAUUUAAAAACAUAAAACAUUUUCACGUUGCGGCAAUGAUUAAACCUUAACGGCCAUCUUUUUCAGCGUUGCGGCAAUGAUUAAAGCUUAACGGCCAUCUUUUUCAGCGUUGCGGCAAUGAUAAAAACUUAACGGCCAUCUUUUUCAGCGUUGCGGCAAUGAUAAAACCUUAACGGCCAUCUUUUUCAGCGUUGCGGCAAUGAUUAAACCUUAACUGCCAUCUUUUUCAGCGUUGCGGCAAUGAUUAAACCUUAACGGCCAUCUUUUUCAGCGUUGCGGCAAUGAUUAAACCUUAACGGCCAUCUUUUUCAGCGUUGCGGCAAUGAUUAAACCUUAACGGCCAUCUUUUUCAGCGUUGCGGCAAUGAUAAAACCUUAACGUCCAACUUUUUCAGCGUUGCGGCAAUGAUAGAACCUUAACGGCCAUCUUUUUCAGCGUUCCGGCAAUGAUUAAACUUUAACGGCCAUCUUUUUCAGCGUUGCGGCAAUGAUAAAACCUUAACGGCCAUCUUUUUCAGCGUUGUGGCAAUGAUAAAACCUUAACGGCCAUCUUUUUCAGCGUUGCGGCAAUGAUUAAACCUUAACGGCCAUCUUUUUCAGCGUUGCGGCAAUGAUUAAACCUUAAUGGCCAUCUUUUUCAGCGUUUGCGGCAAUGAGAAUCGGGGGAUAAUAUGUGCGUAACUGCCAUGAAAAUAAUAUAAGAAUGUAAAAAAAUCUAAUUUGUCCUAACAAUUUGUUAAUUUUCGUUAUACAAAAUAUUUGUAUUUUAUAAAAUAAAAUUUGGGGAGUAAAAUAGGACCGGAACAUCUUCUUGACCGGUUUAGUGAGAAUCACACUGUUGCAGUCUUUAUCGUAAUAAACGUAGAAAUCCAUUUCGGGUAACAAUUUAUAUGAUUAAAUAUUCAAGCAUUAUUUAUUUAGUUCCAAAAUGUGAAAAAGAAGUGCAUUAUCUAAUGCUUUGUUAGUCAGACCAAAUCCACUGCUCACAAUAUUGUUAUAAAUCAGAUUUUGUGAGAUUGUUGUUUAGACCUCAGGUAAUAUUGUGAUAAUCCUCUGCUGUUUGCCGAAUACUAAUUGAUGUGACUUUCUCUCUCAAAGUUUUGUUGUUCUGCCGGCUUGAUAUAACUUUCAUCAACAGAGCAGAUGACUGAAUAAGACAUGUUUUUGUCUUAAAACUUUAUGUAGUUUUGCAUUAAUGUUAAUUGUAUUAUUAUUGGCAUUUAAAACUGGUAAACCAGUGCUAGUUGUUUUCUUUCAGCAUUACAAAUCAACCUUGUCCCUGAAAUGUUUACAGAAUAUAAAGUAGUAAGUUGCUUUUUUGUCAAAUGCAAUCUGGCUGUUGAAGAUUUUGGAAAUUGCUUUUGGCUUCAGUUUGUGGCGUUGCCUGUACAUGUAGCAAUAUUUUAAAACUACACCAAUAUGCAAGAAAAUAUGUUGACCAGCAUUGAUUUUGUCUUUAUUUGUGUUAGUUCAGCGAGCUGUUGGUCAUUACGUUUGUUACAUGGGUUUGAUUAAGGGUUUAAUCAAAAUUCAGAUUAAUUUCCAUGCAUUUACCGAAUUGUUAAAAUAUUCUUCAUUAUUAAAGUACUUUGUAGAAUGUUGUUAACUGGGAUAUUUUGGUUGUCUAAUGACAUUGAAGAACCAAACAGAAAUAAGGAUUUUAUUCUCAUUUAUGAAGCCAAAGGAUUUAUUUUGUAUUUAUUUUUUUAAGAUCAGCGUUAUCUGGUCAGAGUUAUAAUUUGAAUAAUAGGUUUAUCUUCUCAAAGUAAUAAUGCAACCCUCGAUGACUUGAAGGGUUUGGUAAUUGCACUGUGAUUGAAGCACUUCAUUGUGAUGAUAAUCAUGUGUUUCUUUAGGAAUAUUGUGACAAACCACUUGAUAUGAAGCUGAAUUAGCUCUAUAUAAUCCAGGUCUAUGAUCCACUUGACUUGAAAACCAAAGUUCAUGUGUUUCUUAUGUUUGUAAAGAUCUUUAAACACUGGUAAAACCACUCGUGUUGCACUAACAGCUGUGAAUGACAAUUUGUUUUGCUGAAUUGGAGAAGUGCCUCCAAUCAACCGCAAUACUAUUAACCCCCCAUUAUAGCUGU